AUGGCUAAUAUUAUAAAUAAGCCAUUCGAAUCAAUAUUUGGAUAUAUUUCCUAUUUGCCGAAGAACUUCUCUGCAUAUCGGUAUUCUGCGCUUCAUGAUAUUACAAAUGAUAUUGAAGAUGCAUCAAAUAAUAAUAAUAUUCUCUCUAAGAAUGAUUAUCUUGCUAAGAAUAAUGUCCUUUGUUUUGAUUUGAUUUCUAAAUACAACUCUUCUUGGGUAUUACGCUAUGAAAAUUUAUCCAAAGCUGAAGUAGACAUACCUGAAAAUUG